CUCUCCUCCAGCGUGCAGACAGGCACCGAGCAGCCGGUCUGCGGGACAUCAAUCCCGGCUGGAACUAGUGCAACAUGCCCGCUGAUCGUCAGCUACACUCGGUGUCGUUUCUUCCACUUGUGGUGGGAAUUACGCGGACUGAGACUCCCGGUGGAUCUCUAUUUAUGUGAAGCAACUGCCCGAUCAUUUCUUCUUCUUCUAUUUAAAUCUGUCCACCCUGCUGAUGUCAAGUCGGAUGGUUCCUAAAGAUGAUCUGGAUAUGCACCAUGUCUUUAACUAAGGACGGACUUUUACUGCUUUAAGAAAAAGAAAAUGUGCAACAAAACAGACUUCAUCCAUAAUAACUGUUUUUCAUUAAAAGCAGCAUUGCCGUGUUGUUGCAUGUUUAACUUCAUUUAUAAAGUCUCGCUUUGAUGAUAAGUAAUCACGGUGUCGCUUCUCUUCACUUCUGGGGGGAUUUUGGAGACUCUUGAGGACUGGGACAGGGACACUCCACAUCCGGAGCAGAUUUUGUGUUUUUGAAGAACAUGCUGAGGUGGAGGGGAAGCACAAACCUCUGCUGCGUUUACCCUCCUGUGUUCUGUGUCUACUUUCAUCAGUCCUAAAUAUUUGGACGCUUCAAGGCCCUCCACAAUUUGCAUUUGAACAUAUUCAAUGGCUGAUCACCACUUCCAUUGAAUUAUGAGUGGGUUAGUCAACUUUGUAACACCUAUGAUGUUUCCGGUCAACAAUGAACACCAUAUGAAAUGAAUACGUAACCCUGGAUGAUGAUCUUCCAUCAGACGGUAAACACUCACAGUCACAGAUCAGAACAUGUUCAUUUUACAUUUCCAGUGUCUAUCCUUUGUAUAUUCACUGCAGUUAUUCCUGUAAACCAGUAGUCUGAGACAUUGUUUACAGCUUAUUAAAUAUAAUUUGGUGAUGAUUACUAGAUGUUGUGUUAAUGUAAGAGCAGUUAAAACAGACCGGUGACAUUUGACCGAGAACACCAAAGAAAAGGGGUGAAGCGUAUACGACAGGACGGUUGAAAAGCCUCCCCCGCUGUGGAUUUGUAACAUCUGGCACCUGGAGAUGCCACCUGUCUCGGGGAUGGAUGAGCUGCAGUGAGGAGGCUCCAGGAUAUUCACAGUUUGGACUUUUUGGACAGAGUUUCUCCCUCAUGCAGCUCCUCCGGCUGGCCUGGGCUCUGACUGCCGUCGCGGCCUGCUUCCUGAUCCUCCUGAUCCUCCACAACCACAUCCUCAGAGAAGGUCAGCUGUUGGCAGGGACUUGUGAGAUCGUGACUCUGGAUCGAGACAGCAGCCAGCCGAGGAGGACCAUCGCCCGGCAGACGGCUCGCUGCGCCUGCAAGAAAGGACAGAUCGCCGGGACGACUCGCGCCAGACCGACCUGCGUCGACCUUGGUAUCGUGGGGACUCGGCAGUGGUGUGAGAUGGCUCCGUGUUUGGACGAUGAAGGUUGUGGUCUCCUGGUCAAUCAGUCGGGCUGGACCUGCACGCAACCAGGAGGCCGGGUCAAAACCACCACGGUCUCCUGACACCGCGAGGACGGACCCUCCCAAAUAAAGACUGUUUCCCAUCGUCCAUCAUCACCAAGCAUCCGGCAACGCUGAUGAAGAGCCAAUGAUCCAGAAAACAGGGACGUUACCACUUCCUGUUUUGCCCACCUGUGGAAAAACAAUCGACUGAAAACGGAUUAUUAUUAUAACUGCAGGAUGGAUUUUUCUUCUUGUUCUGCAAAAAACUCUGGUUUUACAGACCAAAGAUGAAUAACGAGAUGUUUUUAGACACACCACCAUAUGUAUGUAAAGAAACAAACACAUUGUGAUAUUAUAAAGUAUUACUGAGCAAAGUGAAAUUAUAUAUGAGUUAAUGAUAUAAAGAUGUAUUAUAUGAGGAGGGUUGUUGUUUCUGUGACGAGGAGGAGGUGGAAAAUCAUCAACCUUUAUGAACUUUGAGCCGAAACCUAAAGACAUAUUUUAAAAUGACAGUCAGCCACAGCAGGAAGCACUAUUGGUGGAAAGUAGAUUCACUCAAAUAAAAUCUUGAUGUACUUUA